CAUGCGCACGCUCCCGCGGUCGUUGACUGAUCUGUGGGCAUCCCGCGCAUUUUAGCAUUCAGUACCGACGCCAGGAAAAAAAAAUACCCAGAGGAUCGUCCGUCUUCCACAAGGAAGAGAAAAAUUCAAUAGCUUCUUUGGAAGGAGAAGACUCGUGAUCCUCUUGAUCGCCGAAUUCAACGAAUCCCGUCGGAGUUUCAUCGUUCAGAAUGGUAGUACUCUCUAUCAUCUUGUUGGCUGGUGUUUACGUUCCAGUUCACCUUUCAGGGCUUAGGUGUCGAAGUUGAAGAAACUAUUCCCGAGAUGUCUAUGGAGAGUGAGGCCUUGGAUAGCGAGAGUGACAUGCAAGAGAUGAAUGAUAUGUUGAGGAUCUUGACAGAAAUAGACUUGGACACAACAUAUACUUCAGAAAAGCUGCUGAAUUUUCAUGUUCUUCUCAUGCACCUACUAGCCUGGGAUAGUGAUCUUGAAGGCAUGGCCAUAACUGAUUCUACAGGAUCAAUGGAGAAAGCUUUGACGUUUGAUCUCUUAUGUGGUAUUUUGGAGUCCGAGUUAAGGGGGGUGGACGAGUUCUUGGAUGUGCUCGAAGCCCAAGUUAUUGACAUGUCAUACAAGCUAUCUUCAUGUGGACAAACAAAAGAAAUUUAUGUUAUUAUGGGAAGCAAGUUGGAUGAUUCUGCUGAAUCUUUGAAGCAGUCUAGGGGGCAACUCUCAGAGAUCACAUUGCAAUUAGCACAGCUCCAAAGAACGCUUCAUUAUAUAAAAAAUGGUGGAGGUGAAAACGAUGAGUCAAUGGAGUUCCCGAGAAACAGUCACCUGAAGGAUGUCGGUAGAAAGUUGAGAAGACCGUCAGAUUUAAGGCAGAAACAUGUUCUGACGAUGCUGGAGAAGUCUUUGGGAAGAGAGCUAGAGCUCGAGAAGAAGUUAUCAGGAUUUCGGCAAAAUGAAGAACAGCUGCAACUCAAGCUACACUACACUGGGGAGGUGGUUUCUCGGAUGGAAGAAGCAUCAGAAGUUAUAUGGGGACGGUUUUUAGAGGCGGAAAAUUCUUCAGAGGUGCUUAUGGGGAUUUCAAAGGAACUCAUCGGUAAACUUCAGAUUCUCCAGUUUAAUCUGAAUGGGUCAGUCCAGCGGGAGUCUGAACUUAAGUCUAAGCUUGAAGAUUGUAUUGCACAAAACAAAGCCAAAGAUAUUCGCUUGCAAAAGCUUGAGGAAAGCAAUGGAGAAGGUAUGAAGUUAGUUUCAGAAGUACUCUCUUUGAGGGAAAAUGUGAAGUCAGCCGAACAGAAGCUAAAAAAUACCGAACUCGAGCUGAAAAGUGUUGGUAUCUCUAAACAAGAAAUUCUAGUACAGCUUGCUGAAAUGGAAAAUGCAACUGAGUCGCUAAAAGAAAGCCUCUUCGAGGCUGAAAGUAGAGUGGAAAGUGGAGAAACAAAGAUAAAAGAACUAACGGCUGCAAAUCUUGAACUUACCGAGGAAAUAAAUUUUCUCAAAGAGGCUGAUGAUAAAAAUAGGAAGAAGGUGACUUCACUCGAGAAGCAACUGAGGGAGUUAGAAGUUCUACUGCAAAACUCGAGGGCAUCAUCAGAAGCGAGUCAAGAACAGCAGAACAUGCUAUAUUCAGCAAUAUGGGACAUGGAGACUUUAAUAGAAGAACUCAAAUCAAAGGUCUCGAAAGCUGAAACCGGGAGAGAUUCGGUGGAGGAGCAGUGUAUUGAGUUGUCCACAACCAACUUUGAAGUGACCUUUCUGAGGGAAAGAGUUGAAUCCUUAGAAGUAUUGCUGGAUCAAAGUAAACAUGAAAAACAGAGAAGUGCGCAAGAAAUAAAUGCGAGGAACAAGCUUUUGAUGGAUAUGGUCAUGCAACUAGCCACUGAAAGGGAACGUAUACAAGAACGGCUAUAUUCUUUGGCAAAGGAAAACGAGUUAUCGAGGUUGCGCAAAGUGGGAAACAAACAUCAAGAAUAUGAAUCUUCCACUGGAGAUCGAGAUGACAAAGAGCUACAUUUUCGUGAAGAUGGUUGCAAAACAGAGGCCUUUGCUAAAACUCUGCAGGAGGAUGAGACAACAGUGGAUGGAACAGGACCUGAAACUGAAUCAGACCCUUCUGUGUCUGAUGAGGGCGGAGCAGGAACGAAGAACGAAGCCACAGAUAUUAGCAAGGCAAAUAGAUGGAGGCCCAUUCGGGUUUUGCCCGUCGUUUUUGUGUUAAUUAUUUCCUUCUUGGCCUUGGCUUUUGUCAAACAAGAGCUCUGAAAAUCCCCUCUAGUUUGCUGGGAGGAGAAGGAAAUUCUCCUGGCUAUUGCCACUACUCAUUGGUUGUGUAUCAGUUGGAUACCAUUUGUAAUUUUGUAUCUUGUGAUGUAAAUUAUUUCUUUGUAAUGUUUUAUUUUUCACUUUGUUUAA